CUCCUGAUCAGUUGGCCUACAUGGAGCAGGAGGCCAUUAGACUGUCAGAGGAGAUCAGAGCUGAGUACUGGACUGUGUCUGCUAAGUCAGGGGAGAGUAUCAGGGAGUUUUUCUUCCGGGUAGCGUCUCUAACCUUUGAGGCCAAUGUGCUGGCAGAGCUCGAGAAGACUGGCUCCAGACGUGUUGGUGACAUUAUCAGAAUCACAGAGAGCACAGAAGAAGAGUACAAACCAACCAAGAGGAAAGCAACCUGCUGCUGAUGGGGAAGGAUACACUUCACACACAGGACAACACUACACAGAAAAACACAAUACAGGACAACACAGGACAACACAACAACACUACACAGGACAACACAACAACACAACACAGGACAACACAACAACACUACACAGGACAACAACACAACACUACACAGGACAACACAACAACACAACACAGGACAACACAACAACACUACACAGGACAACAACACAACACUACACAGGACAACACAACAACACAACACAGGACAACACAACAACACUACACAGGACAACAACACAACACUACACAGGACAACACAACAACACUACACAGGACAACACAACAACACUACACAGGACAACACAACAACACAGGACAACACAACAACACAGGACAACACAACAACAUUACACAGGACAACACAACACAACAACAUUACACAGGACAACACAACAACACAACAACAUUACACAGGACAACACAGGACAACACAACAACACUACACAGGACAACACAACAACACACAGGACAACACAACAACACUACACAGGACAACACAACAACACUACACAGGACAACACAACAACAACAUUACACAGCACAACACAACAACACUACACAGGACAACACAACAACACUACACAACACAACAACACAACAACAUUACACAGGACAACAACACAACACUACACAGGACAACACAACAACACUACACAGGACAACACAACAACACUACACAGGACAACACAACAACACUACACAGGACAACACAACAACACACAGGACAACACAACAACACUACACAGGACAACACAACAACACUACACAGGACAACACAACAACAACAUUACACAGCACAACACAACAACACUACACAGGACAACACAACAACACUACACAGGACAACAACACAACAACAUUACACAGGACAACAACACAACACUAAACAGGACAACACAACAACACAACAACAUUACACAGGACAACACAACACAACACUACACAGGACAACACAACAACAACACAACAACACUACAUAGGACAACAACACAACACAACACAGGACAACACAACAACACUACACAGGACAACACAACAACACUACACAGGACAACACAACAACACAACACAGGACAACACAACAACACUACACAGGACAACAACACAACACUACACAGGACAACACAACAACACUACACAGGACAACACAACACAACACAGGACAACACAACACUACACAGGACAACACAACAACACAACACAGGACAACAACACUACACAGGACAACAACACAACACUACACAGGACAACACAACAACACUACACAGGACAACACAACAACACAGGACAACACAACACAACACAACACAACAACACAGGACAACACAACACUACACAGGACAACACAACAACACUACACAGGACAACAACACAACAACAUUACACAGGACAACACAACAACACUACACAGGACAACACAACACAACACAGGACAACACAACAACACUACACAGGACAACACAACAACACAACACUACACAGGACAACAACACAACACUACACAGGACAACACAACAACACAACACAGGACAACAACACUACACAGGACAACAACACAACACUACACAGGACAACACAACAACACUACACAGGACAACAACACAACACUACACAGGACAACACAACAACACUACACAGGACAACACAACACAUAACACUACACUACACAGGACAACACAAUACAUAACACUACACAGGAAAACACAACACAACACAGGACAACACAACAAAUAACACUACACAGGACAAAACAACAAAUAACACUACACAGGACAACACAACACAUAACACUACACAGGAAAACACAACACAACACAGGACAACACAACAAAUAACACUACACAGGACAACACAACAAAUAACACUACACAGGACAACACAACACAUAACACUACACAGGACAACACAACACAACAACACUACACAGGACAACACAACACAUAACACUACACAGGACAACACAACAAAUAACACUACACAGGACAACACAACACAUAACACUACACAGGACAACACAACAAAUAACACUACACAGGACAACACAACAAAUAACACUACACAGGACACUGAGGAUGACAUGGGAAGAUGAGAAUAAUACUGUUACACUCAAUUCCAGCAAAACAACUCUGAAUACUGAAGAAUGGGAGACUUGAAUGCCAGAACACAAUCAUGCAUCUGUGUGUUUGUACAAUGUGAAAGUGUUGUCUCAGUGAGGACGAUUCCAAUUCCAUGGACUGUCAGCUGAACGAGAGAAGAAGUAACAGCAACAGCAAUUACAUUUAUCCCCAACAAUCCAUGGAUAACAGAUUGCGUUCGUAGUCUUUUUUAAACGGUCAUAAAGAGAAAUAGGCAAAACUUACAUGGUCUUUAAAGCAGCUUAAGAGAAAUAGGCGAAGCACGUGGGCUGGAAGUCACCUCUAUAAUCACAAAACCAGGGUUUGGGUCUAAUGCUGCUCCUUUACGUGAAACCCCUUCCUUAAACAACUGGAGAUAGUGUAGGUCCCAUAGCUUUGAGUUUUCCCUGACCAUGUAACCGGACCAGGAAAUACUCUUAUCUAUCCCCUUCACCAGAGCCCGAAGCUGUGUAGUGUAGUAUGGUACAAUACAUGUAGCUCUGGUCUAAAGUAAUGUAGCUCUGGUCUAAAGUAAUGUAGCUCUGGUCUAAAGUAAUGUAGCUCUGGUCUAAAGUAAUGUAGCUCUGGUCUAAAGUAAUGUAGCUCUGGUCUAAAGUGAUGUAGCUCUGGUCUAAAGUAAUGUAGCUCUGGUCUAAAGUAAUGUAGCUCUGGUCUAAAGUAAUGUAGCUCUGGUCUAAAGUAACACUCAGAGUUAGUUUGGUUCUCAUUUGAGAUGUGGCCAGACAGAUUCCUGGAUUCUAGGUGAAGACGUCAGCAGCAAACGGCAUGCAGAUCUCCUCCGUCUCCUCCUGUCAUGUGUCUGGUCUGCUAAUGGGAUGAGUACGCUGCCUCCCAUGACCACCCAACAUCUCAAACACACCACAGCCACAAUAUAGACUCUGCUAAUGGGAUGAGUACGCUGCCUCCCAUGACCACCCAACAUCUCAAACACACCACAGCCACAAUAUAGACUCUCAGGGCUCCUAAAAUACAGGGAUUGUUUAAACACGAGAGAGAGAUGGGGAGAGAGUGAUACCGAUAGAGACGGAGAGAGAAUGAGAGAUGGGGAGUGAGAGAUAGAGGGGAGAGAGUGAGAGAUAGAAGAAUGUUUAAUUUACAUCUGAUGAUCUGGGACAGAUUGAAUUAAGACUGUCGUGAAGAGGGCAGAAGCAGGCCAGACAUUUAGGGCUACUGCUUUACCACGUCCUGAAAUGCUGUUUAUGCUUCUGAUUGUAUUAUAUUUUAUGUGAUUUGUGAUAUUUUAUGUCCUAUAAAAUCUAUUUGGAUGACUAUCAUUCACUGUUAAAGAUUGAUUUCACUCUUCAGAUGAGUAAUGGGAAGUUUAUUACUACGGCCUACACAAAAUGGCAAAUGCCUGUUUUUGUGUGUGUGUGUGUUUAAUAACACUGUACCAGUAGAGGCUGGUGGGAGGAGCUAUUUGUAUGUAUUAUGGAUCCUCAUUAGUUCCUGCCAAAGCAGCAGCUACUCUUCCUGGGGUCCAGCAAAAUUAAGGCAAUUUAAACAAUUUAAAAAACAAUACAUUCACAGAUUUGACAACUCACUGUGUGCCCUCAGGCCCCUACUCCACCACUACCACAUAGCUACAGUACUAAAUCCAUGUGUGUGUAUAGUGCGUAUGUUAUCGUGUGUGUGUGUAUACGCCAAUGUUUGUGUUGCUU